CCCACUUGUUGAUAACAAUAUUGUGAAUUUCUUGUUUUCAGAGUUCCAACGAGGUAACGUUGCAACAGGAGAAAGGACAGCCACUGGACACAGAGUCAGAGGUCCAGGAUACUCCAGCACCACCUGCCAUUCCUUUCUACACAGAGUGCUCGGAAGCUGCACAGGCAGAACUGUUUAACGAGUGUGAAGAGCAGUUUGCCCAGCUAGAGAUGCUUCAGAACGAGAUCACUCUCGCAGAGCCAGACUCCGAUGAAUACCCACAAGAACAGUCUGUGAAUAGAUUGACAGCUGUAGCAGCUGAGCUGAAGCAGUGGCAGACAAGACAGCCAGAACUGUUGUCCACAAAUCCUGAGGUGUUACUCGUCGUUGGAGCAGAGGAGUUACAGAAGCUGAAUUCACAACUUGAGUUGGUCCUCUCUUGCUCACAAGCCAAGAGAGACACACUGAGAGAGACUUUAAAAAGUGAACAGAAGUGGUUGGAGGAAAAGAAGGAAGUGUUGAGGGCAGGCACUGAACAUGUGGUCAAACAGCGACUGGAAAACGAAAGGUUAUCWGAACACAGUGUGUUGCAGGACACCAAGAAGAAGAUCCAGAAGAUGAAGGAUUACCAGAACAGACUGAUGGAGACCCUGACAGACGUACUGGCGGAACACUUCCCACUUCCUACGCAGGAGACCACCGCUGACAAGAAGAAAAAGAACAUUCCUCAAGAGCUGAACGAGAAUCUAAUUUCACUCAAUGAAGUCCUGGAGCUGCUGAUGAACACGACUCUGGAGACGCCUCACGAUCCCUACGUAUCGAUAGACGAGACGUUCUGGCCCCCGUACACAGAGAUGCUGCUGCGNAAUAUGCAGGUUUAA